AUGGCAAGAGGUAAUCAAAGAGACUUGGCAAGACAAAAAAACUUGAAAAAGCAAAAGGACAUGGCUAAGAGCCAGAAAAAAAAUGGUGACCCUAAGAAAAGAAUGGAGUCAGACGCUGAAAUUUUGAGACAAAAGCAGGCAGCCGCAGAUGCUAGAAGAGAGGCUGAAAAGCUUGAGAAGUUGAAAGCCGAAAAGUCAAAAAGAUAG